AUGACUAUCAGCAAUAAAAAAAGGCAGCAAUUACAGGCUCUUGAAAAGGCCAGGGCCAAUCAAAAACGUAUAAAAACAGCUCAUUUUGACAAUGAAGACAACAACAACAAAAGUGUAUUCAAGCCACUGGACUUGUACAAUGACUCUGAGACAUCACUCUGCAGACUAGGAGUGGAUGUAGUCUAUAUAGCCCCUGACCCCUGUGGCUCCGAACUGGAUCAUCCUCCAGCUUAUCCCAAUUCCCCCAAUUCUUUUGACUCUGACUCUUCUGAUUCUGAAGGAGAUUCCAACUCUGGCUCUAGCAGUGGAGAACUCCCAUGGGAACUUAGUUAUUACCGCCCACCAACUGUUGCCCAAGCGCAGACAGCACUUGCCACACUUGAUUCUGCACGCCGGACCCAACUUCCAUCAGGUGGAUACAAGUACAAAGACCUGGACCGGAUCACUGCUGAGCGAUACACUGCAAUACAAGCCUGUCUGAACCAAUUCCUUGAGGCUGAGCCAAAAGGAAAGAAAUUUAUUCAGGCAUCCAAGGAUGCAGCACGUAUGCAUAAUCGAAGAGAUACAUAUGCCCAAACAAUCCGUUGGUGGAACGUAUCCACACUGGAGGAUGAGGAUGUGUCAUCUGCAAUCAGGCUUCACUUACAGAAAGCUGGGAAGUUGGCGGGUGCACAGGAUGUGGUGGACUUUCUGUCUGAUCCAGAGGUAUACAUACCUUUCCUGAAGAAAAUCGAGCGGCGGCAAAUAAUUUAUAAUCGGGAUGGUGUUGAAGAUCCUACACGUCCAUUGCAAUUACUACCUGGCAAGAAACCCAUUAUUUUGUGGUUUCACGACGAGACAAUUUUUUACGCAAACGAUCGUCGUAAAGUUCGAUGGGUCUUUGUUGGAGAAAGCCCAGUACCACACAAGAAAGGAGAGGGGUGUAGUUUAAUGGUGGCCGACUUUGUGUGUGCAGAGUUUGGGUGGUUGCGUGGACCGAAUGGUGAAUCUGCGAGAGUAACAAUGUUUCCCGGGGGCGACAAAGAUGGAUGGUUUACAAACGACCGUGUCAUUCUUCAACUAGAGGAUGCUGUCAAAAUUGUCAACGAACACUUCCCCCAGUUCACUCACAUAUUUGUGUACGACAAUGCUCCUUCGCACACGAAACGCUCGCUUUCCUCACUUUCCGCUUAUGGAAUGCCCAAGGGUCCGCUUCUGGACUGGCCUUACUACAAGGACAAGGACGACAAACGCGUGUUUGUGAGAAUGGAGAAUGGUUUUCUCCCAGACGGCUCACCCCAGGAGUUCUAUGACCCAAACGAACCCAAUCGUUUCAAGGGAAUGUCGUGGAUUCUUCGAGAGCGCGGUCUCGGUCAUCUUGCCGAUUUGAACGCAGUUUGCACGAAGGGAUGUGAACCAGGGAAGACUGACUGUUGCUGUCGUUGGGUAAUGAUGAACCAGCCAGAUUUCAAUAAUCGUGAAUCAGGCUUACAAGAGGCUGCUCGAGAGCUGGGAACUGAAGUGGUAUUUCUCCCAAAGUACCACUGUGAGCUGAGUAUGAUAGAGCAAGUCUGGGGAUACGCAAAAAGAGACUAUCGAGAUAAUCCCCCUAAUAGUAGCUCAAAAAAGUUGAAGGAGAACGCACUAAAGGCAUUAGAAUCACCCCCAAUUUUAUCGAUGCGCAAGUUCGCUGCUCGUUCUCAACGUUUUGCCGAUGGAUAUGACCAUGGUAUGGACGGGUCCCAAGCUGCUGCGUGGGCUACAACGAUAUUCAAACAUCACCGAGAGACCCCAGCACAUAUUCCGUACAACGAGAUUGCUCCUAACUAUGUACAUACAACAAACAAUUAA